AAAGAAAAUAAAUAGACAGUUUGUUUUUCAGCGAAAAUGCUCUUUACUUUAAGAGAGCAACUUAACGACUUUUGAAAUAAUCAAAAUUUUGACCUUUUCGAAAAUGUGCAAACUGAUCAUGCGCGAUUACCUCAAAAUGAAAUCGCACUCAAAUCAUCCCACAUUGAUUGGGUGAUUGCUGAUAAGRCUGAGUAGUCUCAAUGAUGUCUAUGUAACAGGUAUGUGAAGUUGGAGAUAUCUCUGUGAUUGCAGCCGUUUUUAGUUGUGAAGAUGAGGUAGCUUUCCAACAGCUUUAGCUUUUCGAUCGUUCGAGUGUUGUAGACUUGGCAAGUAACUUUGAGUACUGUACUCCUGUAGUACUUCUAAUGGGAUUAACGAAGUGUGUGCUACAAGUUGCUGAAAUUGCUUCCUUGUAGUGACAAACAUGCCUUUGCAGCUUACAGCUAACCUCACGGACCGAUAAACAACUUGAUAGUUUCAAUUUACUAAGCAAUCAUCGCAUGUAGACAACUGGUCCCUGAGYCGCAUUUGCUCACCUCAGUCAAGGUUUUUACAGCUUGUGUUUGCUUGUUUGUAAGCACGCGAAUCUUGCAGUUAUAAGCAUACAUUGGAACGAGCUUCUACUAAGUUGUCAGAAAGCUUAAGAAAACACGAUGGUUAGCAAUAAUACCAACCAAACAACACUGCCAAGAGUACCCGGUUUGGGACCAUUUGAACUGACAAUGUUUCUGAUUUUCGCCAUCGUACUUUGCGCUGUUGUGAUAUUYAAUAACUUAUUGGUAAUAGUGGCUGCAAGGAUAAACCCACGACUAAGRCGAGGAACUUACAGYCUAUUYACCAGYCUCGCUGUGUCGGACUUUCUUGUUGGUGCUGUUUCGAUGCCAUUAUGGAUUUACAUGAAUAUCGUAUCGGCAACUAAUAUGACAAAAGCCGUUUUACAAUUCUACAUYGUKUUCGAUAUCUUCAGUGCAAUGGCMUCUAUUCUUCAUUUAGUCAGCGUCAGUGUUGACAGAUACCUAGCCGUCUCAAAACCUGAAAAGCAUCGUCUUGUUUCUAGUAGUUCGUAUCGUAACACGAUUGGAUGCCUGUGGAUAUUUGCAGCGCUUAUCUCUUGCCUGUACCCAAUCCAGCAUGGGUUUAAAGCCUAUUAYACGAUCUUACUCUUUGCAUUUGGGUUUAUUAUCCCUCUUAUAGUAAUAUCGUCAAUGUACAUUAAAAUCUUCCGCGUCAGUCACAAGCUUAUUGCUCCUCUUGAACGACGACAGAGCAAGGAAGACCUUAAAAGACAUCUGCGCAAAGAACAUCAACUAGCGCGGACAGGGGCACUGGUGACGGGUCUAUUCUCCAUAAGUUGGAUUCCGUUCUUUACCGUCUCUGUUGUUGCAACAUUCUGUCGGAGCUGUCUUCAUCCAGUACCGGGRUUUGAUUUCAGGCUGACGGCUUUUGUGAAGUUUAUGCAUUACGGCAAUAGCGCAAUGAACACUUUUAUUUAUGCAUUUCUUAAUAUGGAAAUGAAGAGGACUUUUAUUCGACUUUUCAAAGGUUUAACGACAGAGCUUUGCGCUGAUAACAUAAUGGAGUCUUAUAGACGAACAAGACGCAUGAGACAAGUGCGAAUUAACAUGAACACUCGGCGUGGUGCUUCCAAGGAAUAGUYGCAGUAGUUGCAGUUUGGAAAGUUAUUGAAUUGUAAAUAWSACAUUUUAAAAUCGACAUUUUCUCAUUCAAAAUGAAAAGUCACGUGUGCCUUAUUAGAGCCAAGUCUGUUUCCGUGAAAACAGUCUAAUAGUUCCUCUUUUAAUAUAGUUUAGAGUGAGUACAUUUAGCCCAAGACGGAAAAAGUAAUAGUCCAACAAAACAUGAAGUAGUAAAAUUAGCGGACUUUUAAUCAAAUGAUUUAACUGAUAUCUAUUUCUCACGUUGACGAGUAUAAUGAUUCCAUAAGUUGGAACAGUUCCCUCUCUGUCGUCGAUCAUUAUAACUGACGCGAGACGGCUGGUGAUGUUACUGUUGUUAUUGUUGUUAAUGCCUAUGAUGUUGUUGUUGUUGUGGUUGUUGUUUUAGUAUGCCUAGUUUCUUGAAUUAGACUACUUAAUAGCUAUUUCUAUACCUUAUUGAAAAAACGUUGGUGCAUCGCAAAAAGGAACGAAGGGUUUAUAAGUACUUUAAAAUCGAAUCGUAUUUAGCUAAACAUAUAUUAUGGAAUUACUCGUAGAGAAGGUCAUUUAGUUCAGGUGCAAUCUAAACAUGGUUAUAAUCGCAAUGUUUGUUUUCUUAUUGCUGCCUUUUGAUCUUAGCUUUGAUGAUCUAGGGCUUUGUCACUUUUUUACUGGUUGUAUAAAGCUUGCCAGUUUGAACAAUUGUGGUAUUAUUUCAAAAUAUUAAUGUUUGCACUUUCUUUCUAAGAUAGGACAACAACAACAAUAAAAAUAGCAAUUAAAACAA